AUGCAAGCCAUCAAAUGUGUCGUCGUCGGUGACGGAGCCGUCGGUAAGACGUGUCUUCUCAUCUCCUAUACAACGAACGCGUUUCCCGGAGAGUACAUUCCAACGGUGUUCGACAACUACUCAGCAAACGUGAUGGUCGACGGACGGCCCAUAAACCUUGGUCUAUGGGAUACAGCUGGACAGGAAGACUACGAUCGACUCCGCCCCCUUUCCUACCCACAAACCGAUGUAUUCUUAGUGUGCUUCGCCCUGAACAAUCCAGCGAGUUUCGAGAAUGUUCGUGCGAAAUGGUAUCCAGAAGUGUCGCAUCAUUGUCCCAAUACACCAAUCAUUUUGGUUGGAACCAAAGCCGAUUUGAGAGAGGAUCGCGAUACCGUUGAGAGACUCCGCGAACGACGCCUCCAACCCGUCAGCCAGACUCAAGGAUACGUGAUGGCCAAAGAAAUCAAGGCAGUCAAAUAUCUGGAGUGCUCGGCGCUAACACAACGUGGCCUAAAACAAGUCUUCGAUGAGGCCAUCCGAGCCGUUCUGACACCUCCACAACGGGCCAAGAAGAAUAAGUGCAUCGUUCUCUAG